CAGUCAGUCACUCAGUCAGUCACCAGCAGAGAGGCAGCAUGGAGAUCACAACGCUGUGCGCUGUCGUUGCGACUCUGAGAGUCCUCCCCAACAGAUCCCAGUUCUUCAUGUACGAGUCUGUCUCUCUGAGCUGUGAACAUCAGGGGAACUCUUCAGAGUGGAGAGUAAAGAGGAACACAUCCACAGGAAUAAAUGAAGACUGUCCCACAUCCUGGGGUACAAGACAUGAAACCCACUGCUCCACUGAUGUUUACCCAAUGGAAACUGGAGUGUACUGGUGUGAGUCUGAAGCAGGAGAGUGCAGCAGCACCAUCAACAUCACUGUAACAGGUGGUUCAGUGAUCCUGGAGAGUCCUGUUCUUCCUGUGAUGGAGGGAGACAAUGUGACUCUGAGCUGUACAUAUGUGACAAAUUCCUUCUCCAAUAUCACCUCUUAUUUCUACAAAGACGAGCUUUUCAUUGGCAGCAGCUCCACAGGAAACCUGACCAUCCACAGUGUUUCUAAAUCUGAUGAAGGAUUCUACAAGUGUAAGAUCUCUGGAGGUGAACAAUCACCAGACAGCUGGCUGACUGUCAGAGAAGCAGAGCAUCCUGAGUCGUCUCAGUCAACCCCUGCUCAUAUUCUACUUCCUGUGGUGGGUCUCUGCCUGGUCUCAGUCUCGACCUUUGUGUUGCUGCUCUGCCUCUGCAGGACCCAAGAAGGUGAAAUCAGCCCCACAGUUGUGUUGUACACUGACAUCACCAGGACACGCAAGACCAACAAAAAAGGACAGGUCCUGAGGGGGGGCUCCUCCUCACUCUCCUCUGUGGCUGUGUACACACCUGUCAGGAAGAUAUACACACCUGAACCUGUGCUGACGUACAGAGCCUGCAGCUGAUCAUCAGCCUGUUUAACUCCUGCUGCUUCACUCACCACAACACUAACAGAGAAUAACUGCAUCACAGUCAUGGCUGGUAAUAUUAGUGUCUGUAUAUAUUAAUGAGCCAUUAGAGGCACAAUAAAACACAACAGGACCAAACAUGGACACUGGAGUAACAUCACAUACAGAUCUUAAAGGAACAGUUCGACUUCUUCAGGUAGAUGAUUAAUACACACACGUGUCUGUACCAUCAAUACAAAGCUUCAGUUAGCAGCUGGUUAACUUAACUUAGCAUAAAGAACAGAGGCAAAGAGCUAACAAAAGGUAGCAUAUUUAUAAAAAUAAUUACAUUGAGCAUGACUGACUUUGUGUAUUUGGGAUGUUUCUGCUGCUGAGAACAUUUAGUUUGAAAAUGGUGUCAAGUUUCUCACUGUGUCAUGUGACCUGAACUGAGUAUCAGCAUCUUUUAACAAACAUCUGACGUCUGUAAAUUGCAGCUAAAAACACACAGUGCCACCAACAUCAAAAGUAAAUUAUUAAUCUGUGGAAACAUUACAACAUCUACAUGUUUUUGUUCAAAUGUGUGUGUGUAGUGUUAUUUAUUGAUUUUUAAUAAACGAUUGUGAUGUUU